AUGAAAGUUCUGAUUGUCCUCGUCCUGCUGGGCCUGUGCUGCUGGCCUGUGAGUGCCUCAGUGCAAAGCUGUGGGAGAAGCUGCGGGACCCGGCCCUUGGCUGAGCACCACGGGCUGUCGCGCAUCGUGGGCGGCAGCGAUGCCUCCCCGGGAGCCUGGCCCUGGAUCGUCAGCAUCCAGCUUCCCGGGGCAGCGGGCAGCGGGCACAUCUGCGGAGGCUCCCUCAUCCAUCCCCGGUGGGUCCUGACCGCAGGACACUGCUUUGACAAGUACAGGAACGUCCCGACGUGGCGCAUGGUGAUCGGGGCCACCCGGCUGUCUGAGCUGGGCCCCGAGGCCCAAGUGCGCAAGAGCGGGCGGCUGCUGAUCCACGAGAGCUACCGCAAAGGCGCCUUGGAGAACGACAUCGCCCUGCUGGAGCUGGACGAGCCCGUGCAGUGCAGCGACUACGUGCAGCUGGCCUGUGUGACUCACUUCUCCGACGUGGUGGUGUCGCAGCUCACAGACUGCCGCGUCGCUGGCUGGGGCUACACCGCGGAAGGCUCUGCAGAAACAUCCGACGUGCUGCAGGAGGCCAAGGUGCGCCUCAUCAAUGUCAAGCUCUGCAACAGCAGCGAGUGGUACGGAGGGGCCGUGCGCAGCUACAACCUGUGUGCUGGCUACCCGCGGGGCGGCAUCGACACCUGCCAGGGUGACAGCGGGGGCCCGCUCGUCUGCAGAGCUCCACACGCCAACUUCUUCUGGCUCGUGGGCCUGACCAGCUGGGGGAAAGGCUGUGCCAGAGCAAAGCAGCCUGGGGUCUACACCUCCACCCAGCACUUCUUCAACUGGGUCCAGUCACGGAUUCGCUCAGGAGGAAGUGCUGCGACACUCGCCCGGCCAAAGAGGCCAUCACAAGGCUCAGCCCUGUUCAUUGGCCUCUGCACCGGUGCUGCAGAAGUGCAGCAAUACCUGUGCACUGGAACCUUUGAAGUGGAGAGUUACUGA